UUAAAAAAAAAUAAUAUAUAUAUUAAUUACUGACAACAGAAAAGAUCAAAGAAGUCCCAUCAGACUCACACAGCAGCUUGUGUAAAACUUCAGCAGUAUGGAUUUCAAUACAUUUAUUACAUAUAUUACUAAUAUAAUAGUUUUCAUAGUGCAAUGUAAGCUUAUAUGUCAGAAACAUUACUUACAGCAUACAUAAAAUAGGUAUAUCAUACCUCCAAUAUCAGAACAGUUACAAGCUUAGAAAUAUGAUUUUGGAGACAAUCUCUGAAUACAAUAACUGGUUAAAAAUAACCUUCAGAUUCAUACACAGCUCUCAAAUUAACAUCAUAACUGAUUCUAGGCUCUCUAUUUGUACCUUAGUGAAUAACUAUUCGCAUAAUCUGAGAGGAGUACUUCUGAAAGUAACACCUCAAAAGUUCAAAACAUGUAAUUCUUCAGUUAAAACAUUCACAGAAAAAUCCAAAUGAAGCACCUAAAAAUGAUAAACCUUACUUACAAGUUUUUCCAUUGUAACCUUUCUCAUUUCUAAAACCAGAAAGGAUGCCAAACUUUAGAAAACACGAACUAUAUUUCAUCAACAAUAAGAGGUCCAAGAGAAGAAGAAAUAAAAAAAAGGCUUAACAGGACCUAAAAUCCCUACCAAAAAUAGCUUCCCUCACCCCUAAAAAACACACAUACACACAGAUAAUUACUGCUUACUGACUCUUGGGGAGGAGCUUAUGUACAGCAGUCACCAAACUAGGGUGAAAAUCGUAUAAAUAGUCAAGGGUGACACUUGAAAUCAUCAGCUUCUGCUCACUCACCGGUGGCAGAAGAACUCCUCACUAGAGGGGGAUUUGCCACUCUACUGCCUUGCAUUGGAGCUCCACAACACUUGGUAUGUUUUUAUUUCAUUUUAUUCUAUAUGGUUUUGAUGCUAAAAUCUAUAGGAUAUGUUGGCUAGUUGGGGUUGCAACAGAGUUGAUGUUUAAUGGCCAGCAUCAGCCUCCUAACUGCUACUGGGGUUAUUCAACAGAUUGCAAACAAAAACUUCAUUUCAGCAUGAGAUUUUUGCCAUGGAUGCUGAAGGAGCCAGAACUUUACCCUUCAUGGAAUUUACUAUAGCAUUAGACAGGGGCAAUAACAUCAUGGUAUAUAGCCUACAUAUUACCUAUGAAACCUUUUCUUCACUCCAGGAGCUGAUAUACGUGUCUCCUGAACUUAGUUUUUGGGCCCUGGAGUAAUUAGAAAAAUUACUACUGUUUUUGAAGUUAGUGGUUUCAAGUACACUUAUUUAAAAUGAUUAUUUUUUUCUAAAUGUGAGACUGCUGCCUCUAAACCAUCUCUUUUAUAUCUUAGACAUACAAGAACUCCAAAUCUUUAAUUAGCAAUGUUGAUUCUAUUCUCCUUACAGCACUUCUCACAGACAGGAAAAAGCAAGCACACGAAGAAACUUUUAAUACCGAUAUCUUAAGAAAACCAAUUUAUGCAAAAGACACUUAUCAACUUCUACUUAAAACACUGUUUUCUCCCCUUUCUAACAGAGGACGGAUUUGGAAACAUGCAUUUACAAAUAUCCUUACUGCUGCUGUUUUGUCUAAACAUUGUCCAUGGUAGUGAUGGAUACUUUUCCGAGCGAUACCAGAAACAGUCCAGCAUCAAGGGGCCACCACACUUUCUACCAUUCAAUGUAAAGAGUCAAGGUGUGCAGAUGAGGGGCGAACAAGGCCCCCCUGGUCCCCCCGGCCCUAUUGGACCAAGAGGACAACCAGGUCCCGCAGGAAAACCAGGGUUUGGAAGCCCCGGUCCCCAAGGUCCCCCCGGUCCCCCAGGACCACCUGGAUUCUCCACUGUUGGAAAACCAGGCAUGCCAGGUCUACCAGGGAAACCAGGAGAAAGAGGAUUAAAUGGUGAGAAAGGAGAAGCCGGACCUGUUGGGCUCCCAGGAGCAAGAGGGCCACAAGGACCCCCCGGAAUUCCUGGCCCCGCAGGACUGUCUGUCCCUGGAAAGCCAGGACCACAAGGCCCUCCAGGAGCUCAAGGGCCAAGAGGCCUCCCUGGUGAGAAAGGAGAACCAGGUGUUCCUGGUAUAAAUGGACAAAAAGGAGAAAUGGGAUUUGGUGUUCCAGGCCGCCCAGGUAACAGGGGUCUUCCAGGACCACAGGGACCCCAAGGCCUCCCUGGCCCUGCUGGAAUAGGGAAGCCUGGAGAAAACGGCCUUCCAGGUCAGCCAGGUAUGAAAGGUGACAGAGGUCUACCAGGGGCACGUGGAGAAGCUGGUAUCCCAGGCCCCCAGGGUCCACCAGGAGAACCUGGAGAAGUUGGCAUUGGCAAGCCUGGGCCAAUGGGACCACCAGGACCAGCAGGCAUCCCUGGAGCCAAAGGAUUCCCUGGACCUGCAGGCUUGCCUGGAUCCCCAGGUCUUCCAGGAUUUGGAAAGCCAGGAUUGCCAGGGAUGAAGGGACACAGAGGACCUGAAGGACCUUCUGGCUUUCCAGGACCUAAAGGAGACCAAGGCCCAGCUGGUGUGCCAGGAGAACCAGGUCCUGCUGGGCCCCCAGGAAAUAUGGGCCCUCAAGGACUCAAAGGCUUGCCUGGUGAGAAUGGCUUACCCGGACCCAAAGGUGAUAUGGGCCCUGCAGGCCCUGCAGGAUUCCCAGGAGCCAAGGGUGAAAGAGGUCUACCAGGAUUAGAUGGAAAACCAGGAUACCCAGGUGAGCAGGGUCCUGCUGGUCCUAAGGGACAUCCAGGUCUCCCUGGCCAAAAAGGUGACACUGGCCAUGCUGGCUUACCUGGCUUGCCUGGUCCAGUUGGACCACAAGGAGUUAAGGGAGUGCCAGGUAUUAAUGGUGAACAAGGCCCAAGAGGACCUUCAGGAAUACCCGGGAUCAGAGGUCCCAUCGGUCCCCCUGGCAUGCCAGGAGCCCCUGGUGCAAAAGGUGAGCCAGGAGCACCAGGACUGCCAGGCCCAGCAGGUAUUGCUACAAAAGGUCUAAGAGGCCCCAUGGGACCACCUGGACCUCCUGGGCCUAAAGGCAACAGUGGAGAACCUGGCUUACCAGGUCCCCCAGGCCCUCCUGGUCCCCCUGGCCAAGCCACAAUCCCAGAAGGUUAUGUUAAAGGAGAGUCUCGAGAACUAUCAGGAAUGUCUUUCAUGAAAGCAGGAGCAAAUCAAGCUCUCACAGGAAUGCCAGUGUCUGCCUUCACUGUCAUUCUCUCAAAAGCCUACCCUGGGGCAACAGUCCCCAUCAAAUUUGACAAAAUCUUGUACAACAGACAGCAACACUAUGAUCCCAGGACAGGAAUCUUUACCUGCAGGAUCCCUGGACUAUACUACUUCUCCUAUCAUGUACAUGCAAAAGGAACAAAUGUUUGGGUUGCACUCUAUAAAAAUGGCUCCCCAGUCAUGUACACUUAUGAUGAAUACCAGAAAGGAUACCUUGACCAGGCCUCUGGCAGUGCUGUCAUUGAUCUCAUGGAAAAUGAUCAAGUGUGGCUCCAGCUGCCAAAUUCAGAAUCCAAUGGUCUCUAUUCCUCUGAAUAUGUUCAUUCUUCUUUCUCAGGUUUCCUAUUUGCUCAAAUCUAACAACAUCCCACUUACAAUGUCCUGACACACUCUCCUUCAGGACAUUUUAACUGGGCACUGAUGUGAUAUGUCCGUAGCAGGUCAUGUAACUUCAAUUUUGAACAGAAACUGAGGACAGUGAGAAAGUAAAGCAAUUGGUUCAAAACUAGUAGAAAAAUAUUGUAUGUUUUUAGGAACUUGUCAUGGAAAAUUUGUUUUGAACAAUGAUCAAUUGUCCAAUUGAAUGCAACAUUAAAAUUUUAUGAAUUAAUAUAAUA